AUGCCUCUGAAGAUGGUGCCGGAGAGGUGGUGGGGUCGUCUGCCGGCGCUGGCGGCGGGGCCGUCGUCGUUUCAACUGGCGUUCACUAAAAAGACGACUCCGUUCUGGUCCACUGCUCAUGCCGAGCACGAAGCGGUCACGAACUUCUUCUUCCAGCACGGCAGAAAACAGCUCAUCUAUAGCCCCCGUCUGGCGUAUCAAACCGAGUGGAAACUAUUCCGCAGCUCUCGUAAAUUCAAGGCUACCCCGCCGUCGCGUCAGUGCCUGGCGGAGGGCCAGACAGUUUUGUCCAUUUCCCGAAAUAUUGAAUCUGCUGCGGAAGCCACGUAUUCUGGUUUU